GCACCGUGCGACGCCGCGAGGGCGGAGGACGUCCCGGCGGGGCCGCCCUAGGACGCGGCGUGUGCACGGCCCCGGUCGCUUCCUCUCCCGCCUGGCCCGUGCGGCUGGCGCGCUGGUAGGCGAGGUGGCCCCGAGCUGGGGGCCGGCGUCAGGCCUCAGCUGCCACAGGGGCCCUCAGGAGGAAUGGCCGCCAGGGGCAACGUGCUUGGCCUGCUGCGGCAGCAGGUACUGACGGGGACUGCUCCAGUAUGUCGCCUACACACGUCCUCCUGGCAGGCUGAUAGCAACAGGGCCUUGCUCACGCGUGUGCACCGACAAGCCUAUGCACGCCUCUACCCUGUGCUCCUGGUCAAGCAGGAUGGCUCCACCAUCCACAUCCGCUAUCGGGAGCCACGACGAAUACUCGAGAUGCCCGUGGACCUGGAUGCCCUGUCCCCAGAGGAGAGGCGGGCACGGUUCCGGAAACGAGAGUCACAGGUCCAGAAGAAAAAGGAGGAGCCAGAGCUCUAUGAUGACUUUGACGUGGAGCGGUACAAGCAGUUUUGGACAAAAAAAUGACCAGGCCUGGAAGUGUCCUUAAACCGUGUGUUCUCGAA